AUGUAUUGGCAUAUGACACUACUUCUGUGCGCUGCCCUAGUGGGUUCGAUACAUGCCCAACAGCCUCAGAUCACAGCUGCCCCGAGGAAUAUCGUCGUCAAACGUCAGACAGCGAACAUUGAGAUUCAUCAAGAGUAUGCGGCCCCUAUCGGCGUGGACACAGAAUACCUCAAGAUAGAGGGCAGCACCACAAAGUGGAUCGGUGUUUACACAGAUCACCUAACAGAAGAGACCCGUACCACUACCGUUGGUAAUGUUGCGACAACGACUGUACUCAAGCCGCAGCUGGCUGUCGUCACGGCAACCGCGGCCUCGGAAGGAGUCAAGGUCGGCGAUGUCACGGUCCUCAUUCCCGAAUCACUCCAAGACGCGCUGGAUGCCCUUAUCAAAGAAGCCGCUACGUCUUGUGGUGGUGUGGCCAAGCUGAAGAGCCGCGAUGGCAUGAGUUGCAUGAUCAAUGCCAUUCAAGGAGCCGCCCAGAACGACCAAGCUUUUGGGCUUAUCAACCCAGCAGAAUGGGGACGCUUCGCCCUCGAGAUGGCAGAGAACGCACCCGAGAUCCUGAGAGCCGCCGUUGCGGUCCUCAAGACGCAAGCCCAGAAGAACAAAUUCGCCAUCAUGGUUGCGGCGGCGGGCGCGGCCGGGGUUUGGGCGGUGGACGAAGCAGCUAGACCUAUUGCUGAGUCGGCUUACAAGUUUGUCUUUAGCGGUGGCCAAUUUGGGCAGCCGAAGGACAAUGCGAAUGGCAACGGCAAUGAUAAUCAUGAUCCAACAUCCACGAAGCAGACGACAAGUUCGUCGUCAACUUCGUCGUGUAAUCCGAAAGCUACUGUUGACGAGAACUCGCCAGCCUGUGAUGACCCGGACUGCAAGGGAGACAAGAAAGUCUGUCAGGCAGAGGGCGAUAAAAAGAACUGCCCUUGCGUCAAGUGGACCAAAAAGAUGAUCGACGGGAAAUUCGACAAACCAUGGCUAGACGAGCAACAGAAGAUCCUGCAGGAGCUAGAGAAAGGGCUGCCGGCCGUCAUCCCUCCCCAAUGUUUCCGCAACACGCACGGCGAUGGAUUUGAUGGCAAACCAAGGGCCGAGCCAUCCGCCUUCUGCCGUUGCUCGAGCGCUGCAAGCGGAGGUGGCCUAACUGAGGGUAACUACGCCACCAUGUCCGGCGAGGGCGACAAGGCAUGCACAUACUCCACGAUGCCGACCCAGACGAUCAGCAUCACUAUGAAACCGAAGCAGACAGGAGCUGUUACUUCCUGCAGGAUGGAAUCAAGUUUGAAACCGUAUUGCACAUGUAAUGAUGACGCUAUGCACGGCGAGAUCGUGACGACAUACCUUGGCAAGGUCACAACCGUCUGUCCCGACGCAACCGCCACCAUGACCGGCAUCGAGAAUGGCACGCCCACCGUAGAGCCGUCUUGCUACCCGACCCACGGCCCCCCUCAUAACAACCCGGACUUGGACCAGCUCAUCAAGCUCUGCAAAGCAGGCAAGCCCGAGUUUGCCGCCGUCUGCCGGUCGGACGCGAGCAAAUACAUCAACGUGCAAUGUCCCGGCGGCGCGCAAGUUAAAAGUCCGAAUCCCCUCUUCGACAACCACUACGACGCUUGGUUCGAGAAGGCGAAUGAUGCGCCCGCGGAUUGCAAGUACCUCUUCAAACAGGGUGGUUCCACUGAUGAUAACGCGGUGGGUGCCCGGGUCGAUGCCCUCUGCAUUCCGGCGUUCGAGGCUAUCAGGGAUAAAUGCCCGUGGAACGGAGGAGAGGUCAGGAACCAAUGCGGAACGUUCAAGUACCAAUCUUGUGUGCUGGGGAGGCCUUGUAAGGUGGGGGACCCUAGCCGCCGCCGGGCGUGA